GCGAGCGGCAGUCUGGCAGGAGUUGAAGAAGAAGAAGAGAAAAAACAACAACCGUGCUCUACUUCUCCCUUCUUUCUUUCCCCCUCUUCCUUCUCUCGCAGCGCUGCCCUAAUCAGGAUAUCCCCUUGUUUUUGCGCGUGGCUGAACCGACUCGUUCCACCCGGGGGAGCGGACUGAGAGAGCUAGAGGGAACGGGCAACUAACCGACCUCAGCAGCGGAGUAGUGCUCGAGAUUGCCGUCCGUUGCCGGGAUGGAGGCCGUCGGCGCGUUCUUGCUGUGCUGGCUGGUGAGCUGCGCGUGGAUGCCGUUGUGUUUAAGCUCGCGGAUGAAGUCUCCUGCGCUGCCUAUACAGUCUGAGCGCGAGCCGGUUCCGUCGAAAGGACUGUCGGGAUGCUCCUUCGGUGGGCGUUUCUAUUCUCUAGAGGACACUUGGCAUCCGGACCUGGGAGAGCCCUUUGGGAUCAUGCACUGCGUCAAGUGCUACUGUGAACCACAGAGGAGUAAGAGGAAGGUGUUUGGGAAGGUGAGCUGCAGGAACAUUAAGCAGGACUGUCCUGAAGCCAAGUGUGCUGAACCUGUGCUGCAGCCUGGACACUGCUGCAAGACCUGCCCCGAUGGGGACUCUGACAGACAGCCGCUGGAGUCUCUGUUUGAUGGGUACGAGUAUUUCCAGGAGAAGGAGGGGGACCUGCACAAGUCCUACAACGACCGCUCUUACCUCAGUGCUGAGGCCUCCAGCCCUACAGACACCCGCACAGAUUUCGUGGCUCUGCUGACCGGUGUGUCUGACUCCUGGCUGCCCAGUUCCAGUGGAGUGGGGCGCGCUCGCUUCACACUCACCCGCACAGCACUGGCCUUCUCCAUCACUUACAACAGAUUUGCACGGCCCAGUCGUAUCGUGUUUCUGGACUCCGAUGGAAACACGGCAUUUGAGUUCAACGUUCCCAAGACCGACACAGACAUGAUCUGUGGUGUGUGGAAGAAUCUUCCCAAGUCUCACUUAAGGCAGCUGCAAGCGGAACAACUGCGCGUCUCCAUGGUAGCAACCAAUGGGAGGAGAGAGGAGAUCAAGGGACUCAUCAUCAAACACAGAGCGCUGUUUGCAGAGACGUUCAGUGUGAUUCUGACAUCAGAAGUGGAGCAUUCUGGGAUAGGAGGCAUCGCCAUGUUGACCCUCAGUGACUCAGAGAACAACCUUCACUUCAUCCUAAUGCUGCAGGGACUUACCACACACACACACACAGGUGGUCUGGUGCCCAUCCGGGUCCAGCUGCAGUAUCGACAACACACACUGAGGGAGAUCCGAGCCAACAUCAGCGCACAGGACACAGACUUUGCAGAGGUGCUCACGGAUCUGAACGUGCGCGAGCUGUUCUGGCUGUCCAGAGGCCAGCUGCAGAUCACCGUGGAGACGGAGGGCAACGACCCGCACGUGAUCUCUGGCUUCAUCACCGGCAGGAAGUCAUGUGACGUCCUGCAGUGUGUGAUGUCGGGCGGCGAGGCUUUGACUCCGGCUAAAACCGGAGCAGUGGGGUCAGCCAUCUUCUAUCUCCAUGACAACGGAACGCUGGACUACCAGGUGCAGGUGGUAGGCGUGGCGUCUAAGGUGGUUGGCGUGACGCUGGAGCUGAAACCACGGCGACGGAGCAAACGCAGCGUCCUGUACCAGCUGUCGGAGGGCUGGGAGGAGGCGGAGCCUAACAAGGGGAAGGAGGCGGAGCCUAAUAGGGUGCGGGGCAGUGUGGGCCGGCUGGAGGCGCGGCAUAUACACAUGCUGCUGCACAACGAGCUGUUCGUCAACGUCGCCACGGAAACGCACGCGCACGGCGAGCUCAGGGGGCAGGUGCUCUCGCUACUCUACAGCGGCCUGGACACACACACACAAGAGUUGCCCGUGGCGCUGGCGGGGCAGCUGGUGGUGCCCGCGGUGGUGAGCAGUGCGGGGGGGCACGCGUGGGUGGCGCUGGACGAGCGGUGCCACCUGCACUACGAGAUCAUCGUCAGCGGCCUCAGCAGGGGCGACGACCUGGCCGUCAACGCCCACCUCCACGGAUUGGCCGAGAUCGGAGAGAUGGACGAGUCCAGCACCAAUCAGAGGAGGCUGCUCACCGGGUUCUAUGGGUCACAGGCGCAGGGUGUGUUGCGGGACUUGAGUGUGGACCUGCUCAGGCACCUGGACCAGGGAACGGCCUUCAUCCAGGUCAGCACCAAACUCAACCCGCACGGGGAGAUACGCGGACAGGUGCACGUGCCCAAUAGUUGUGAGUUUGGAUCUCGUGGUGCGGUGGUGGAGGAGGCGGAGUUUGAUGAGCUGGUGUUCGUGCGGGACCCUGAGGAGCUGCGUAAAGAUCCGCUCACGUGCUUCUUCGAGGGCGAGCACCACACACACGGCUCCCACUGGACCCCGCAGUACAACGCCUGCUUCAACUGCAGCUGCCAGAAGCGCACAGUCAUCUGUGACCCGGUUAUCUGUCCUGCCCUCUCCUGCCCACACACUCGCCAACCAGACGACAAGUGCUGCCCUGUGUGUGACGAGAGGAAGGACCUAAAGGACACCAAAGCUCCUGUGAAAGCUGAGGAACACCCAGAGGGCUGCUAUUUUGAGGGCGAUCAGAAGAUGCACGCUCCCGGGACAUCCUGGCACCCCUUCGUCCCCCCCUUCGGAUACAUCAAGUGUGCCGUCUGCACCUGCAAGGGUGCUACAGGGGAGGUCCAGUGUGAAAAGGUGACAUGCCCCGCCCUGACCUGCAGCCGUCCAAUCAGACGCAGCCCCACAGACUGCUGUAAGGAGUGCCCCGCGGAAGUCCCGCCCCAGGAACAGGAAGGGGAGGAGCUUAUGCAGGGGGACGGCCAAUCAGACGCAGCCCCACGCUCCUGCAAGUUUGGGCGGAGCUUCCACCAGCACAGCGAACGCUGGCACCCACGGGUGCCCCUAGUGGGGGAGGUGAAGUGCAUCACCUGCUGGUGUGAUCAUGGCGUGACGAAGUGUCAGAGGAAACAUUGCCCCGUGCUCAGCUGCAGUAACGUCGUGCACCUCAACGGCAAGUGCUGUCCUGAAUGUGAAGACUCUGUAUCUAUGGAGGAGGAGGAGGUGCUCGCCAAGAUCCCCGACAACAAGAAGAAGCAUUGGAAACACUGACCUCCUCUCCUCCUCUCCUCUCCU